UGCUUGCGGCUUCAAACUCGCCUUAAUCAGUACGUUGCUGUAAUUAGCGCAAAGUGGAUGUUGCACGGAGUGCUAAUCCGUACCGGUGUGCUAGUAUGAGCAAGAGCAUUGAUCUGUGUUGAACGUAGGAGAAUCAUGUCCACUACUGAGUCGUACAAAUUUAAACUGUCCGAACAAUUUCGGACCCUGGCCAAGGAUGAAUUACGGGAGGAUGACGAUGUGCGGGGGCAGGCCAUGGCUCAGCUGAAGGAGUGGAUCGAGAAGAAUCCCUACAUCAAAAAGUGUCGCACGGAUGCAAAUUUCCUGCUCAAAUUUCUACGUUAUCGAAAGUUUGCUGUUCAUCAAGCAGGGGAAGCAAUCGAACGGUAUCUGGUUGCUAGACAGAAAUUCUCCCAUUGGUUCCAGAAGUUGGAUCCCCGGGAUCCAGCGAUGCAGGAAAUCCUAUCCGACGCCCCUUUGACAGCGCUGGGCAAAGACGAGAACGGCAGGACUGUGGUGCUGAUUCGCGUUAGUCGAUACAACCCCGAAGUCAAUACCAGUACAACGAUCGUUCGAUUUCUAAUGAUGAUGUUGGAAAUAAUGUCCGAAGAGGAAGAAUUUCAAAUCGCCGGUAUUCGCGCUUGGGAGGAUCACACCGAUAUGACGAUGAAGUUUAUUGGCAUGUUCAGCUUGACCGAUAUCAGUUCGAUAAUGGUGAUGCUAACCAAAACAAUGCCGCUCCGGAUUCGGGAAGUUCACGGAAUCAAACUGCCAAAGUUUGCCGUUACGUUGACGAAUUUCGCUCUUUCAUUCACCAGUUCGAAGCUGCGGGAACGAAUUGCUUGUCAUGCCACGAUUAUGGAGGCAAAGAAGCACCUGCAGGAGUCGUUGUGGCCCAAGGAAUACGACGGUCCGGUAGAUGUCGAUGCAUUGAAUCGAAAGAUGAUGAAAUUAUUGGAAGAGAAACGUGACCUUCUGCUGAGCUUGGACGAGAUGGAGAUCGAUCUGGAUCACUAUUCCGAUCUGUGGAGCAAGGAGUCGGGUGAUCCAGCAGGAGAAAUCGAUUCCGGAAUGGUUGGCACGUUCCGUCAAUUGAAUGUAGACUAGGUGUGAUAGUGAUCCAUGUACGAUAUUUUGCAAAUUUGAUUAUAAGUUUGUGUAUAAUAUGUGAAGUUUACAUACAACCUUGACAUUGACAUUGACCUUUUCGAUGUAUUAAAUUCUAAUCACAAACGUGCUGUAAUUGGACAAGGUUUCUGACUGAGAGAAAUUCAAGAACUUUUAAGAUUCCGGACGUAGGGAAACAUAAUCACGAUCCAGGGCUUGGACAUAAAUUCCAGAAACUGAGACUUGAAAUAAAUUGAAACUUGAAUACUUGUAAUGUGAUCAUUUCAGUUAGAGAUAGGGUUUGUGACGAGUUUUAAUCAGAUCAAGCAGUAACCGCGAUGUUAAGCUAUGAUUGAUAGCGAUGUUUGAGCGAUACUGAAAGUAUCUGAGUAUCGAUCAGCAUACUAAUCUAAUCAAAUACAAACGUAGGAAUUAGAUUAGAUUAGAUGAUGCCUUUAUUGUCAAUAUCAGGCAUAACAUUUGAUAACGGCACAAAAGCAUUUGUAAACAAACUUUUUAAGGCCCUUUACACGCGAACCAAAGUACGCCCAUGCAAACCAAUGCCACUUUCGGAAAGGUGAUAGUUGCCCCUAUCCGAUCCGGGCAUUAGAAAGUUUGUUUACAAAUGCUUUUGUGCCGUUAUCAAAUGUUAUGCCUGAUAUGAUCCAGCGAAAUGAUUCGAGUUCAGAUAAAAAUACUCAAACUACGCACAUACGCAUAUUCACACUUACCCAAAAAUUUGGUCAAAACUACAAACUGAUGUUUUUUGUUGAUAUUGAUUCAACGUUUGCUAGUAAUGUGUUUUUUGUUAAAUUGUACGAAAAUAGUUAAAAAAA